AUGGCCCAUGGAGAAGAGGACCUGAUUGGAAUCCCGUUUCCAAACCACAGCAGUGACGUUCUAUGCAGUCUAAAUGAGCAGCGUCGUGAUGGCCUCCUGUGUGACGUUGUCCUCAUCGUGCGAGACCAAGAGUACCGCACACACCGUUCUGUCCUGGCAGCGUGCAGCCAGUACUUCAAAAAACUCUUCACCGUGGCAACAGAUGCCAAUGACCAGCACGGUGUCUAUGAGCUGGAUUUCGUAGCCCCUGAGUCUCUGACUGCCAUCUUAGAGUUUGCCUAUACGUCAACACUGACAGUCACAGCCUCCAACGUGAAAGAGAUUCUGAGUGCAGCCCAGCUCUUGGAGAUCCCCUGCAUUAUCAACGUGUGUAUGGAGAUCAUAGACACAGGCGGAGGAGGUGGUGGAGGGGAAGGGGAUGAGGAGGGAUAUGAGGAGGAAGAUGAAGAAGAAGAGGAGGAAGAGGAUGAUGAGAUGGAGGAAGAAGCUGAGGAGUCUAGAGAGGAAGACCAUGAGGAGGACAACACCAGUGAAAGAUCUGCGCAGGCGUCUGAGAACCAGGAAAAGUCAGCGGUGGAGAAAAAAAAUGAUAGCUCACCAUCCACCUCCCAGCAGAGCCAGCCUUCAGACAAAGACACAGCUGAAAGGAUGUGUCCAGAUGGUCAGGAUGCUUCAAAGGGUGAAAAACCCAGAGAAUCAGAGGCCCUGGAGAACCGCGCAUUGAAGGACUUCUCCAUUGAGUCCCUGCUCCAAGAGGGACUGUAUCCAAAGAUGCCUGGUUUGGAACGAGGGGCAGGUUUUUCUCCUCUCCUGCCAGGGUUCUAUCCAACCUGGUUCCCUGGUUUCCCACAAAUCCUGGAGCCCCACCAUACCCCUCACCCAUAUCCCUCAGCUUUGGAGAACACACCUCUGGACCUGGCCGUAAAGAAGGAGGUCAUCAAAGAGGAGCUAAAAGAGGAGGUCCCCGCAGGGCUCUUCCAUAGAGACUUUCUGAAAGACUUUAUGGGUCCUGGGAUGGGUAUGGUUUCGGACCCAGCAUUAGGUCAGAUAAAGGACGAGGCAGAUUUACGCUCCUACCUGAAUUUCCUCAGCGCCUCCCACCUGGGAGCACUGUUCCCUCCUUGGCAGCUGGAAGAAGAGAGGAAGAUAAAACCCAAAGCCUCUCAGCAGUGCCCCAUCUGUAACAAGGUGAUCCAGGGAGCGGGCAAACUACCUCGGCACAUGCGGACACACACAGGGGAGAAACCCUACAUGUGUACCAUCUGUGAGGUGCGCUUCACCAGGCAAGACAAGCUAAAGAUUCACAUGCGCAAGCAUACGGGUGAGCGGCCUUACAUCUGCCUCCACUGCAACUCCAAGUUUGUACACAACUACGACCUGAAGAACCACCUGCGUAUUCACACAGGUGUGAGGCCCUAUCAGUGCGAACAUUGCUACAAGAGCUUCACCCGUUCUGACCACCUACAUCGCCACAUAAAGAGGCAAAGCUGCCGCGUCUCUCGCCCUAGACGCGGGCGCAAACCCUCCACCUGGCGCUCCACCAGUUUCCUCUACCCAGCUGAUCCUAACCACCACCUCCAAAAGAACCAGACCCUCCCCGGGGCCCCCUCGUUGCCUGUUCAUAACGGUAUUGCUCCCUCAGAUCAGGGGCGGGAGGUGGAAAGACAGCCCCUGGGAAGCCGGGGGGUGGAGGACUUUGAUGCCAACAGCAGGGAAAGUCUAGAGGCCAGGCUGAUGGACAGGAAGCAUAUGACGGGGGAGGUGGGGAGGAAGAGGGGUGUAUUUGCUUUCGCCCUCACUCGAGAAGACGUUCUGCCGCAUCCACCCUUCUACCCUAUGACCUCUGACCCCUGGACCAUGAGGCUUGAACGCGCCCCGCCCAUUCCUGAGGCUGCUAACUGA